UACUUUCUGAUUACUCCUACUCCUAGUCCUAGCUACUUUCUUUGCUUUCAUUUCUUCCAUACAUGGCGGCCAAUCAAACCAAAGCUUUCGACGUUGAGGGACAAGUCCAAGAGGGAGAAGAGGAAAUAAAGGUUUUCGAUUAUGCCAAAAGAGCACAGUGGCUUAGAGCUGCCGUAUUGGGCGCCAAUGAUGGGUUGCUUUCCACUGCAUCCCUAAUGAUGGGAGUUGGAGCCGUUAAAAAGGACGUUAAGACCAUGAUCCUCACGGGUAUCGCCGGCUUGGUCGCUGGAGCGUGUAGUAUGGCCAUCGGGGAGCUCGUCUCUGUUUAUUCGCAGUACGAUAUAGAAAUGGCUCAAAUGAAGAGAGAGGGUAAGACUGAAAGCAUGGGAGCCAAGGAGUUAGAAGCUGAGAAGGAGAAAUUGCCGAACCCGUGGCAGGCAGCCGGAGCGUCGGCCCUUGCAUUUUCGGUGGGGGCAUUAGUGCCGCUGCUCGGGGCUGCGUUUGUGAAGGAUUAUGUUGUGAGGGUCGGGGUGGUGAUAGGGGUUGUAAGCUUUGCCUUGUUAGGGUUUGGAUGGUUAGGUGCAGUGCUCGGGAAGGCACCUGCGGUGAAGUCGUCUUUGAGGGUGUUGGUUGGGGGAUGGCUCGCCAUGGGAGCUACUUUUGGCUUAACCAAGCUCGUUGGGUCAACUGGACUCUAAUCAUCAUCACCAUAUAUAUAUAUAUAUAUAUAUAUA